UUUUCUCUUUUACAACAGACCGGCAGAUGCUGCACUUUGUUUGACUCUGAUUGGAUGCAGAACGCGAGAUCAAAAUGAACAUUAAGAUCGUGUUGCGAGGGUCCGCCUUUCUUCUGUUACUCAUCUUCAGAAAUGAAUACUUCCAAUAAAAGAUUGAUUAUAGCCGUUGUGCAAUAAUCACAGUGUUUGCCAGUAGAAUUGCUCAGUCUCAUGUGGCCAUUCAUCUUGUGGGAUUCAUUGGACAAACUGCGCGUAGCUGGAAAAUGCAUACAAAAAUGCUGCGACCCGUCUCUGCUAGACCACAAUUAGUCCUUGUUCUGUGGCAGGGUCUAUGAGAGGCCUGCCUUCAUUACAAACCGCUGCACUCUACAUCACCACGCUGUUAUUAUGCCAGCAUCAGAAUACAUUUGCAUUCAUCUGCUGCUUGUGUGUGUGUGUAAUCGUGAACUCUGAAGCCGGCCAGGAUCAUUGUGCUCAGUGUGUUCUUCAAACUCUCAUAAGUCAUAAUGGUGUCAGAAGGAGAUUGUUGCUUAUGCUUUAUAAAAAAUGAUCAGAUGCUCUUGUAACAAUCUCAGAUAUUUGUCUCUGCAUCUUUAACAAAAGUAUCAAAUUCAUAUUCUCUCUCUCUCUCUCUCUCUCUCUCGUUCUGUACUUGUAUUUGUAAUUUUGUGAUUUGUGGAUGAAUGCUAAAUGCUAAAUGCUUAGAUAUUAGUCAAAUUAUCUUUUUAAAAAGUGUUAUUUGUCAUCUUUAUUAAGUUACUCCAUCCAUUUAUUAUUAUAUUAUAUUGAUAAAAUAAUAAAAAUUAUAUUUGUAAUAUUUUUUUUUACAUAUUUGACAAUCUAAAGUGAAGAAUAGAAUAGAAUAGAAUAGAAUAGAAUAGAAUAGAAUAGAAUAGGAAAAGAGCAUGUUGCAUAUCUCUCUGACCAACUACACAAAUGUAUGUAUUUAUAUUUUGGUUGGAGUUUUAUAUGGUAUCUAUAUUUAUAUAACUGUAUUAUAUUAUAUUACAUUAUAUUGAUAAAAAUAAAAAUAUUUUACUACUUUUUAAAUUUGAUCUAAAAUUUAUAUAAAAAGAGCAAGUGGCAUAUCUGUCUGGCUUCUUUAUUAUGUUUAUCUUUUUUUAUAUGGUCUCUAUAUUUAUAUUCAUAUAAACUGUAUUAUAUUGUAUGAAUAAAAAUAAAAUAAUGUCAUAUUUUAGUACUUUUUAAGUGAAACAAUUUAAAAUGAAUAGAAUAGAAUAGAAUAGAAUAGAAUAGAAUAGAAUAGAAUAGAAUAGAAUAGAAUAGAAUAGAAAAAGAGCAAGUAGCAUAUCUCUCUGACCAGCUACACAUAUGUAUGCAUUUAUAAUUUCAAAAAUAUUUUGGUUGGCAUCAUCUUCAUUAUCUUAAUUUUUUGUCUAUAUUUAUAUUCAUACAAACUGCAUUUCUUGCUGUAGCUCAGUUUUGGGCCUUAAAUUAUAAGUCGGUGAAAUAGAUUUUGAUCCAUUGACCCUUUUAAGCAGGUGUUUGCUUAUGCCAUUUUCUGGUAAUGGUCUUUUUAUACGCUAUAAAUAAUAUCAUAAGAUACCCAUCAGCCUUCAAAAUAUUUUUCUGAAAAAUGGCCAAGGUACAUUGUUGAAAAUUCCCCUAGGAAAUCAAUAUCCCAAGAUCUUGAACUGUAUCCCAGAAAACAUACUUUCCGGCUACUCCAAAAUAUAUGAGAUAUGAUCAGCAUCCAAAUGACCUCACAUAUAGAUAGUUGCCUACUCUUUAUCACCUAAAGAGAAGCACAAUAUUUCUCCACCCAAACUCUUUCCAUCUUCAUGAAAAAGUUGUGCUCACUGAAAUGUGUCUGUGUUUCUAAAGGUUAUGCAGAUGAGAACGUGACACAAACAGAGACCACGACACCACUGGAAAGCUCCACACCUCCGUUUUAUAGCUCUAAACCCACAAAUGUGGGUCAGGAUAACCCGAAUGCAACAGGGGUGAAAACGAGCCCAGAUGCAAAGCAGUUUAACCUCAACGUGACUGCGGCGAUCACUGACAGCUCUACAGACUCCCCGGUGACCUCCGCUGUGACCUCUGAAAAGACGACCGCCGCACAGCCGGCCCAUAACACCAACCCCGCCAAAGCUGUGGUGUGGGAUAAGAAAUGGGAUGAGCCGUUUGAUUACAAUUACGCCUCUCUACGUCAUGUAGGGUUGACCAUCGCUGCGAUUCUCUUUGUGAUGGGAAUCAUGGUGCUUGGUUGUGGCAAAGUGAAAGGAAUGCCACGGUGUCGUAUUGGCAAAGGAAGUUCAUACGAGGUGACCAGAAGUUAACACUUCUCCCAGCAUUGAUCAGCUGGCUCGGCAAUAAACAGAAGCAGGAGACAGCAGGAGAACACAAAGGAGCCAGUCAGACCUGUUUCCACAGCGGUUACAGACUUACAUUCCCCCCUUGUGAGAACAACAUCAUAAGGACAAGAUGGAGAGGUUGUGUGUGUGUGAGCGUGUUCAUUAUUUCAAACUGAUCUCCGGGUUUGUCACACAGAGGUGCCGGAGAAUAAGAUGUAUGCUAUCGUGUGGCACUAAACGCCAGCAGUAACACAACAGCUGGGACUUCGGCAGAUCCCAGCGUAAUCAUGCGUCUCAGACACAAAAUCCCUUCAUCCCUCUGCUCUCCUGCACCAAACUGCUCGGUUUAAGCGUCAAACUUUGUACAACAUAGACCUGUACUUGUGUUUUAUUAUUAUUAUUAUUAUUAUUAUUUCAAUACUGUGCAUCCUCAGAUGUGUCUAUCUUUUGGAAAUGGAGAGAAGCAUUGUAUGGCUCACAAGCGCCCUCAAGAGGCCUUCAGACACAUUUAUUAUGAGUUCUCUCAAGAGGAGAGAAUAAAAACAGUUUGGCUCAGUCUGUUUAGAGAUUCAUGUAUCUGAAUUCACCAUCUACUUCAUGUCCUUGUACAAAAAAUAAAAAACAUCUUUAUCAGUGUAUAA